AUGCCACCGAGCAACAGUGACCCAACACUUGCCACGCUGGAAUCAGCAUGUUCCGAUUUGCAAACCCUCCUUCGAUCCUCCGAGGAAAUGGAAGACAACCUCGGAACCAUGGAGACAAGGUUCGAUCUCUUACAAGGAUCACUCACAACAGCAUCAAGAAGAAUUGCCCCUUUGCAAUCAUUAGCCAUGUCAAGGAAAGCACUCGACACAAGAAUCACAAGAGCCAUUUCACCAGCACUUGCACUCCUCAACACGUUCAAACUCACGGAGUCUCUCCAAAACAACCUCCUUAACCUCUCUUCGAAUCUUUCAGCGGAAAAGACACAACAUAAAAGGCUCCAGAAGCUUCUAGAAUACGUGGAGUACAUGGAUGACUUGAACGAGGCUAUUAACUCGAUAUGCGAAGACGUUGAAGCGGUGAUUCAGAAGCUUCAAGAGGUGGUGGAGUUUAUAAGCAGAACCAAGGCUGCGGAUGAAUACAGAACGCAGAGGUUGAAAGAGGCGUUGGUGACUCUGAAAGCGCUUUAUGAGACGGAGGUGGAUGAGAUGAGGUUCGAGGGUUUGUUGGAUCAGGCUUUGGUUCAUGUGCAAGAUGAGUUUGAGGGUUUGUUGCUGAGAAUGAAGCACAGGAACCUAAGAGAUGGGUUAACGUUGUUGUUGGAGGAUCAUGCUGCCAAUGAUGCUCAACACGUUAUUGUCAGGGGUACCUCUGAAUUAGGCUCGGAGCUGGAAAUUGAAGUUCUUAGACGAAUUUCAACCACUCUUGCCGCAAAUGAUUGCCUAGAUAUAUGCAUUGACAUCUACGUCAAGGCAAGAUAUAGAAGGGCAGCCAAAGCACUAAUGAAGCUAAACCCCGAUUACCUAAGAACAUACAGCCCAGAAGGAAUCGAUGAAAUGGAAUGGGAAACAUUGGAAACAGCCAUAACCCUGUGGAUCCAACACCUCGAAGUUGCAGCAAAGAGGGUCCUUCUCUCAGAAAAAAAACUCUGCCAAAGAGUGUUGGGGCAUUUCAUGGAUGGACUAGUAUGGCCCGAAUGCUUCGUCAAGAUCUCAGAUAAGAUCAUGGCCGUUUUCUUUCGCUUUGGAGAAGGAGUUGCCAGAAGCACCAAAGAGCCUCAGAAGCUGUUCAAACUCUUAGACAUGUUCGAAUCCUUAGAGAAACUCAAACCCCAAGUGUUGCAAAUCUUCGAUGGUGAACCUGGAGUGGACAUCUGCACACGGUUCCGAGAGUUAGAAAAACUCAUCAUUGAUGCUUCAAGCAAAGUUUUCUGGGAAUUUGGUCUCCAAAUUGAAGGAAACAUCGAUGGUCUUCCACCCCCACAAGAUGGUUCUGUUCCAAAACUCGUUAGGUAUGCUAUUAAUUACCUCAAGUACCUUGCCACAGCGAAUUAUAGAACAACCAUGGCUAAGGUUCUUCGGACAGAACAAACAUGGAAAGGUGGCAGCGACAUAUCAUGCAAGCAUGAAACGGAUGAGAGUUUACUAAAGCAUGCGAUUUCCAAUGUGAUGGAGGCACUUCAAAGAAACAUUGAGUCUAAACGUUUGUGUUGUAGGGACAAGAUUUUGAUGCAUAUAUUCACUAUGAACACUUAUUGGUACAUUUAUAUGAGAACUAAGAACACUGAGCUUGGUGAGAUUUUGGGGGAGCAAUAUAUGAAAGAUGGUUACAAGGCAGUGGCUGAGGAAUCGGCUUACUUGUAUCAGAAGCUAGCGUGGGGAGGUCUGGUGAGGAUUUUGGGUGUUGAGGAAAUGAGGGAACAAGGGAAGGAUAGUUUUGGAAGGUUGGUGAGUGAAAAGAUUGAGGCUUUUUUAAAGAGUUUGAAUGAGGUUUGUGAGAGGCAUAGAGGAGUUUAUAGUAUACCAGAUGUUGAUUUGAGGGAACAGAUGAGAGAAGCCACUGUGAAGUUUGUGGUGCCGAGUUACGUGGAGUUUGUGGAGUCUUAUUCUGGUUUGUUGCAGAGGAAAGUGUAUCCAAGUGUUGAAAGAGUGAGAGGGUUGGUGGGGAAGGCUUUUGAUGUUGGUGAUGUUAAGUUUAAGAGAAGAAACUCUUGUUCCAAUGAUUGGAAUGUUGGAUCCUCCAAUGGUGAUGUUUGA